AUGUCGUCCUUUCUUUUGAAACCAACGCUCAUUUUGGGUCUCUUGGCCGCACGCUCUCUCGCAGUUCCUGCUCUUACCUCCGAGAACUCUUAUGUAGCCCGACGCGCAACGGACGAGCUCUCCUGCUGGGACAACCAUAGUGAUGGCAAAACUUUUAUCGCACAGAACGGAGACUGGGAGAUCAUCUGCAGCAAGGACUAUGCUGGCGGCGACAUGGGAGCCUCAUCUCCUGGCUCGUUCGAAGAAUGCAUCAGAGAAUGCGAUACCACCCCUGGGUGUAUCGACGUAUCCUUCGCCUGGCCCAACUCCUGCUACAAGAAGAACAAGCUCACCAUUGCCGUCGACAACAACUCCAUUUGGACUGCGCGCAAGAAGGUUACCUCUUCCACUGGCAGCAGCGACAUGGAUACCAAGACACCUGCUGUUACACAGGAUGUUACUUGUGAAGGCAAGGCCAGCGAAGGUGUCAAGUAUAACUCGAAGCAGGGCACAUUCUUGAUCGAGUGCGGCGUUGACCACUAUGGCGGUGACAUCGGCUCUUCGAGUACUGACAGCUUUGCGGCCUGUAUCGAAGACUGCGCCGCAACAACUGGUUGCGUUGACGUCAGCUAUGUUUGGGGAGCCUGUUACAAGAAGGGCACACUCAACGAGGGUGGCGCUGUAGGACAUGUGUGGUCGGCCAAAUUGGUCGCAUCUGACCCUGACACCACUCGCACCACUUUUCCUAGCACUACUACCACUGGCACCACAACGGCUACUGCCCAGGCUACCUCCACGCCCAUCACAUGCCCUGCUAGUAACGGCCAGACCCCUACCAUCGCUUCUGGCGGUACCUACGAGAUCGCUUGUGGUACUGACUACGGAGGCGGUGACUUCAUGGCCGUCGAUGCAGCUACCUUCGAUCUGUGCCUCAAGGCCUGCGACGACAACAAUGCUUGUCAGGCACUUGCUUAUGUCGCUCCAACAUGCUACUUGAAGAACGAAGUCAAUAAGGCCAACGCCGUCGGGCACGUCUGGGGCGCCAUUGUUAAGAAAGCCGCCAAAGAUGUAUUCGUCUUCCCCACUGUUCCUGACCAGACUUUAGAACCGAAUGCCAUUGAGUCUAUCAUGGCUGAUGUUCUUACGCUUCCUCCAAUGCCCACGGCGACCCUCGGUCCAGUGUCUCCUCCUGGUGUCGACAUGGGUGGUCUGGAUGUACUUACUCCGGAGCCCAAGACCGAGCUUUGGUUCAGCGGUAGCGCUGCCCAGAUGAAGGACGAUGAGUCUGGCGCUGUCACUGUUCGUAUCUCUGUCGACUACAAGUACCCCUCCAUUGUUCUGGACCACUCCAUCUACAUUAAGAACGUCGACUGCUCAAGCGGCAGUCUUCAGGGUAAAUUCGACAACCUUCUGGCAUUCACCCACGCUGCGGAUUCAUGGCCAGCGAAAGCUCCCCUUCUUCUUAUCACCAGUGCACAGAGCUGCGGCAAUGGCGAUCAGAACUCCUUCUGGCUUGCUCAAUCGACCACCUUCGAUCAAAACGCCAACACCUUCAGCGCUCCUGGUAUGGCCGUCGAGCUCGCUGAUAUCUACAACGAAAUGGAUAUUGAUUUCGGCAAGAUUGAGGUGAACAAUAGCACCGGCAACAGCUCCAUCGGCACCGACGGAGAUGCGCUGAGCUGUGGCAAGCCGGACUCUCCUUUCGUCGAUGGUCUCCCCGCCGUUGCAUGUGGAACUUCUUUCGACAAAUCCCUUGAUGACAACCUUGGGUAUUACGCCGCCAAUGGUGACGACGAGCAGCAUGUACUGGCAUCAGCCGGCGGAGAUGCUUCCAAUAGCACCGACAUCAGUCUCAACGUGAGGCGCGACCUAUCCAAGCGAUGGAGCUUGAAGAGCGCUUUCAAAUCUAUCGCUAAGGCCGUUGUCCAAGUCGUCAAAAAGGCUGUCGUUGUAGUCGUGAAACAGGUGGCUGUGACAUUCGUUUCGGUUGCAAAGGCUGCUGCUAAGCUUGCUGUUGCCGUCGUCAAGACCACCGUCAGGGUCGGUAUCGCCAUUGCCGUCAAUUACGCGAAGCUCGCCAAAUUCAUCGUGACUGGCAACUACGAUAACUCUCUCACACUUCCGAUCGAUCUCACAGGUACGAGUCUGACCAAGGCUACACCUUGGGAUGGCACCACAGGUUUCAAGUUCUACGAUUACAAGCCAGACCGCAAGGGUGCUAAGUGGAAGGCUUCCAAGAUCAACCUCGAGAGGGUCGCGACUGAGCUUCUAAAGGCUCCUGGAGAGGCUGAUCCUGAGCCGGGUAUUGAACUGUGGUGCGUCGACUGUGGAAUCAAGGGAAAGUUCGUCGCAAAGGGUUCUCUCAGUGCUACACCUCUCUCCGGUCUGAAGAAGGCCCAGGUCGGUGUACAUGGCAACAUGUAUGUCGGCGCAUUCCUGGGCGUCAACGCUUUCACCAAGUACGAGAAGACUAUCAAGAAGGAACUCAUGAAGCGCAAUCUCGCAGGUUGGGAGAUCCCUAAGAUCGUCUCCCUGGGGCCCGCCAUCAGUCUUAGUACUCAAGCGACCUUUAGCGUCGAAGCUGAAGGACAAUUACUCGCUGGUGCCAGUCUGAACUGGCCAGCUUUCGAGGCGACCCUGGACUUCGUCGAUACCCGCAAGUCGACUCAGUCUGGUUGGACCCCGCAGGUUACUAAGAAAUUCGAUGCUCAUGGUGAACUCACUGCUACUGCGGCUCUCGGUCUGCCCGUCACCUUGAGCUUUGGUGUUGACAUUCUGAGCGGCAAGAUUAAGAAGGAGAUCGAACUGUCGGAUAUUCCUGCCCUUACUGCGGAGGCCAAGCUUGAGUUUGAUGUUGGAACAUCGAAGAACCAAUUCGGAGGCGACGACUGUCAAGGCAUCGCGUGGGACAUUGCCCUCACCAACGAGCUUCGCAUCGACGUCCCCGGAACUGAGGGCUGGAAGCUGAACGGCUGGAAGUCUCCUCCUCUAGCCAAGGGCUGCAUCGGUCGUACGCGUAUCCCAAGCGAAGAUGAGUCUUCCUCGACCUCCUCCACCAUGCCUACAACCUCGACUACUCCCACGCCUACACCUACACCCAUCGGUCUCCACUGCCCAGAUGCAAGUGGCAAGACAUAUACAGACUCUGGUGCCCAAAUGAAGCAGUACACCGUCACCUGUAACCAGGAUGCGGCUGGCCUUGACAUCACGUGGGCCUACCGAGCCUCCAUGGAGACCUGUAUGGACUGGUGUGGUACUGUCUCAAGCUGCGUCGGUACCGUCUUUGCGCCAAAGCGCACCGACAUCAACUGUUGGCUCAAGAGUGGUUAUCCGGCACUGAUUGCUAAUCCUUCGCCAAACACAGAUCCCAUUCACAGCUCCAUGACCUCGCAACCUACCUUCACUAUUCUGAGCAUGUACUAUGCCGACCGGGACAUCACACCCUACGCUAAGCAGAACGUGGCUCGCGGCACGCAACUCGUCAUCGACACGAACAACAUCGUGGGAUGGGCCAACGGCGACCCAUGGCCUGGUAACCAAAAGAGUAUUUCUAUGCUCUUCAGCUACGGAAAAGAGCUGCGCACGUUCGUUGUCGCCAGCGGCACAGGAGUCUACACCCUCAACCCCGGUCCUGCUACUUCCCAGCCUGGUGUCCAAGUCGCGCCAGGCUACGAGUCCAUGUCAGGCGUUUCCAACAUCAACAUUGUUGCCGUGGCAUAUGGUCGUGGCGCCAUUACCUCCCGCGUCGUGUUCCAGAACAUGUACAAUGCGAUAAGGAACGCAGGCGGGAGGUGGCAGUACACCAACGACAACUUCGGUCAAGACAACUGGGUGGGAGUUGGAAAGACAGGUGUCGUUUGGUACCAAAACCUCGAUGGCGACUACCUCGUCUCUAACCCUGCCCGCGAGGGCAACUACAAUUUCUUCUAUAACGCUCGCUGGAGCAAGCGCCAGGAACAGGAGAUUGCCCCGUCGCAAGAGCCUACGCCCAUCGAGGCCGAGGGCAACUCAAACAGUCAGCCGACUGUUGUCGGCGCAAGCCCAGCACAGAACACUCCUGAUGCUGAGCUGACCCCGUCCCCAACUCCCCUCCUCGCAUCGUCUGCCGAUACUUCGGACCAGACUCCCAGCGCUACUCCUGCCAGCAACAGUGCUUCCGAGACCUCCUCUGAAGCCCCUGCAAUCCCCGCGGCUACCAGCUCGGACUUCCCUCAGCUGAACGUCAACAACUCCACCUUGAACUCUACCUCCAAUGCAACUGACGUCAACUUUGUCAACUUCGACAUUGUCGACACGACCAACUCGCUGAAGCUGAACCCAAGCACGGACGGCAACCUCUUCCUCUCCCUUGUCGGAGACAGCACCGACCUCUCUAACCUGACAACCGGCUCUUUCACCGGCGACUCGGACUCCAAGACCAUCUUCGGCGACUCUUCGGACCGCUUCCUGCACUAUUACCCCGACGUGCUUGCCUCCUCUGGCGCCUCGCGUCUGCGUCUCGCAGCGUGGGACAAGCUGCCGAAGGGAGCAAAGCUCAUCACGCUGACACAGAUUGAGAUCGAGGGAGAGACGAUGAUGCUGGGCAUUGACACAAAGGGCAACUACCUGUGGCCGUUCGUCUGUGGCAUCAAGGGCCAGUUGAACAAGAUUUUCCUCGUCAAUGAUCCGGCGAGUGGUGGCGCGACGCUGCAGAAGGAAAGCAUGAAGUUUACGGUUACAGGCGGUGAGGCGUACAGCUGUGAGCCUGUGGCGCUGAUGGUCAAGGCGUAA